AUGAUCGAAGGAAUAAAUCCUGUAUGGCAAGCUUUGUUGGGAACUUUAUUUACAUGGGGAUUGACAGCACUGGGUUCUGGUCUUGUAUUUGUAUUCCAGAGUGGGCAGAGAAAGAUAUUAGAUGGUAGUCUUGGAUUUGCUGCUGGGGUAAUGACAGCAGCUUCAUACUGGUCAUUAUUAGCUCCAGCCAUAGAAACAGCUGAACAAUCUAAAUUAUAUGGUGAAGAUGGACAAUGGGCAUUUAUACCAGUAGCUGUAGGAUUUGCUUUGGGUGCUGUGUUUGUUUACGGGGCUGAUGUCUUGAUGCCUCAUUUGGGUGGAAGUAGCACAAACCUAGCACUAUCACUAGAUAAUGGUGGUAAAUUAAAUAAAGAUGGUGAUAUAUCGAAUAGUUUACAAUCUAUACAAGUUAACAGACCUUAUAAAAAUACCAGAGCAGCUCGGCAAAGAAAACCAGUGUCUGGUGGUGGUCUAAAUGUUAGUAACAAUUAUCAAGAUGAUAAUAAUAUAGAAGAUUAUAAUAAAUCUAGUGGUUAUUCAGCAAGUAGUUGGAAACGUAUUUUAUUGUUAAUAAUAGCUGUCACUAUACAUAACAUUCCAGAGGGUUUAGCUGUAGGAGUAGGUUUUGGUGCAGUGGGUAAAACUAAAAUAGCUACUUUUGAAAGUGCUAGAAAUUUAGCGAUAGGAAUUGGUAUUCAAAAUUUUCCUGAAGGUUUAGCUGUUAGUUUACCUUUAAGAGGUUCGGGCAUGUCCUUAUGGAAAUGUUUUUGGUAUGGUCAAUUAAGUGGAUUAGUAGAACCCAUAGCUGGUGUUCUUGGAGCAGCUGCUAUUGUAAUUGCUGAACCCAUCCUGCCAUAUGCUCUUGCCUUUGCAGCUGGUGCUAUGAUUUAUGUUGUUGUUGAUGAUAUCAUUCCUGAAGCACAAACAUGUGGAAAUGGUAAAUUAGCAUCAUGGGGUUGUAUAAUAGGCUUUAUUGUUAUGAUGUCAUUAGAUGUUGGUCUAGGUUGAUCAUUUCAACUGUUUCAGAUAUUCUCAGUAUUUAUGGUGCAAUGUGAUGAUCACAUGGAAUUUAAUGGUUGCCUUAUUACCUGCCAAUGGGAUAUAGUCGCCUAAAUAAUUGAUUUUAAGAAAUGAUAGAGCUAAAUUUCAGCUAUUCGUAUUGCUUUUCAGAAUGAUAUUCAAACAUAUGGUUCGCCUAAUGUUCAGCAACAAAAUAUUGACCACAUAUACUUUAGAGAGUAGUAACAUUAUAAAGAACCUGAAACAUGUUUCACACUGUGAGAUCUCCAGACAUUGCACAGCAUGAAAUUCUGAAUAACAACAUGUUUCAGGUUCUGAUUUAAUAUUUAUAAUCACUUAACAAUUGAUGUAUUGAGCACUAUUUUAACAGUGAAAAUAUUUUUUAAUUGUUCUUUAGAAAAUAAUAUAACUGCCAAGAUCUAAAAAAUAAAGUGUUUUUUUUUGUCGAAUUGUAGCAGAAUCAUGUGUCUGAUUUCAUUAUUUUUGAAAAGUGAUACAAAUACCUCAUUGAGGAUUUCAUCAAUAUCAUUUCUUUUAAAAUGAAAGGCAAAAAUAUAUCAUUGUCAUAUUUUGUAGAAAGUUUUAUUUUAUAUCUACCUUUAAAUGUUUGUUGGACCAAUUUUCCUAUUGAACUGUCUAAUAUUUCU